ACUUGCUGCAAGAGUGGAAGCUAUCGUCGCAUUACGAGAAAAAACAAUUUGUAAACAGCCGGACAAACAUUGUACAAGAUACUCUUAAAUUCCAGGCAAGCAUCACAAUGGCACCGGAAAAACGAAACCACUUUCUUGAUGCGGACGAGAGCGACGAUGACCAAAGCCAUGGCUACAACUCAGAGGCGGAGGAAUUGACCAAAGGCGGGCGGUCAGCCAAGCGGAGGAAGAUCGGAUCCGACAGCGACGUUGAUGAUGACGACGACUUUAGCGAUCAAGAAGACGAUAACUCGGCCCUUUCGCCCACCCAACAAUUACAAGAUGAGGACGGCGCAUCGGCGCGGGAUGGUGCAAAAGGAGGAGACGAAGGAGACGGCGCGACUUCGCGACCAAAGAAGUCCAAGGACGCUGGCCCUAAACUGCGCACGGAUGCUGCCAAUCCGCUGAAGAAGAACCUUGUCGUCACGGACAAGCAAAUCAAGAAGUCUGGCGUUGUAUACCUGUCGCGAAUCCCACCAUUCAUGAAGCCGUCGAAACUACGUUCCUUGCUGGUUCCCUACGGCAAGAUCAACCGCAUUUUCCUCUCUCCAGAGGACCCAGAAGCCCGCAAGCGGCGACUCAAGGCUGGUGGCAACAAAAAACGCUGCUUCGUGGACGGUUGGGUCGAGUUUAUGGACAAAAAGGACGCAAAGGCCGUGGCGGAGGUGCUGAAUGGACAAACGAUUGGUGGAAAGAAGGGGUCCUACUACCGGGAUGACAUAUGGACGCUGUUGUAUCUCAAAGGGUUCAAGUGGCACAACUUGAUGGAGCAAAUCGCGGCAGAGAACCUGGAGCGUGCGAACAGGAUGCGGGCAGAGAUUGCCAGGUCAACCAAGGAGAACAAGGAGUUUGUCAGGCAAGCCGAGAGAGCUAAAGUGUUGGAGGGUAUACAGUCCAAGAAGAAGGCAAAGGGCCAGGGUGAGGAGGUUGAGAACGCACAGAACGAUGGUGGGGCUGUCAAGUCAAGGUCGAUGAAGUUUGAGCAGGUUCAUGUGGCUUCCAAGAAAGAAACGACGGAACCUCCAGCCCAGGCGCAAAAGACGCUACGGACAUUGUUCUAGGCGCCAUUUAUCAAACAGUCAAUUAUAAUGGUAAACUAUCAUUUUGGCACCAGCCGAUGUAAACACGGGCACGUUUGACUUGCCUGCCUACUGCCUAGGUACCUACCUUGGGUACCUUUGACAUAGUAGCCUAAUCCACUCAAUGUUGACAUUGAAGAUGA